GCGGCCGAGGCGCGGAGGAUCGCGGCGGGCGGUGAGGCUCCCCCGAUGCGGCACGGCUGCUCCCGAGCCCCCGGGGCCAUGGCGGAGCCGCGGUACUUGCAGGCCGAGUGCGCUUUCCGGCCCGGGGCACACACGGUGCGGGUGACCCUGACCCGCAGCACCUUGCGGGUGGAGGUGGAGGCUCACGGCACCAGCGACCUGUGGAGGGGCGAGUUCGAUGCCGCCUUCAUCGAGGACCUGACCCGCAAAACGGGGAAUUUCAAGCAGUUUGGCAUUUUCUGCAGCAUGCUGGAGUCGGCAUUGACACAGAGCAGCGACUCCGUCAGCCUGGAGCUGCUCACCUUCACCGACCUGGAGACCCUGCACAGCCGGAAAGUGGGGGCAGUCACCCGGCCUUCCCCUUCCACCUCAUCCCCCCUCAACAGCAAGCGCUACCUCAUCCUGGUGUACUCUGUGGAGUUCGAUAGGAUCCAUUACCCGCUGCCGCUGCCCUACGCGGGCCGGCCGGACCUCGUGGUGCUGGUGCGGGAGCUGCAGGAGCAGCUGGGGCAGCUCCGGGCGCGGCGCCUGGAGGAGACCCAGCACUUGCGGGACGCGCUGUGGCAGGCACUGGAGGAGAAGCGGGCAGCAGAGAGCCGGCACCAGCGCGAGUACCGGCAGCUGGCUGCAGAGCUGGCCCAGGCAAAGGCGUCAGAGCAGAAGCUGCAGCUGCGGGUGAAGAACUUGACAGCUGAACUGGCCUCCUGCAGGAGGGGCCGCCAGAGAUCUGCCAGCCCAGCCCCACGCGCCCAGGAGCGACGCUCAGCAUCCCUGGAGAGCCACAGGAGCAGCCGAGGCCACGCCUCACCCAAGUCCCUGUCACCUGCAGGCUCCCGCCCACCACGCUUCGACCCCACUGCCUUUGUCAGGGCCCGGCAGCGCCGGCAGAAGGAGGCUGAGCUCAGAAACCAGCGGCGUGGAGUGGCUUCUGGCAGCAGCAGCCCGGCCAGGAGCCACAGGCGCAGCUCAUCUGCUGAAAGCUCCCGGAGCUGGCGCCAGGGAGGGAGCCCUGGGAGCAAAGCCCCCGAGCCCGUGCCCUGCAGGGACAGGAGAGUGACCCGUGCACGGAGACCCCUGAGCACCUCACUCUGCAAUAGCCCCUGUGUGGCGCCUCGCCCAGCUGCCAGCCACAAGCUGCCAGUGUGCAGGACUGCUGGCAAGCGCCCUGGUAAAGAGAACCGCUCCAAGGAGCCCUCAGCUGAGCUGGCUGAGAUCGAUGCCCGGCUGCAGGCUCUGCAGGAGUACAUGGACAGCCUCAACACCCACAUGUGACCCCUCCAGGGACACACACCCUCUCCCUGUGUCCUCUGCAGUUUUGUACAAGUGUCCCCCCCAAAUAAACUCUUGUGUGGCCCCAGAGGGUGUCCUUCUUGGGAUGGGGUGAGGGCAGUGUCCCCUGGGAGAGACAGUGUUGGGGCUGAGGGCACCAGGGACAUCACAAGAGGGUGACAGUAUCAGUGCUUGGGGACAUGUGGGAUACAGCCCAGGCCACCAAUCUCGUCUCCUGGGCUACCAGUGAAGUCAAAGGCCACUGCAAUGUGACACCAUCACCGAUGUCACCAUACUCUGUCCCCACUCCUGCAACACUACUGUCCUCACAGUGCUGGCUGAGCUCCCCACUAUGGCUCUGACACUACCACAGUUUUAUUCAGUUCCAUGUCUCAUAAAACAGUGGCAUUUGGGGACAAUGGUGAUGAGCCAGCACCAGGCUCAUCAGUUCAGGGAUGGUGGCAGCUGGCCAGCAGUGAAGAUGUCACCAGAGCAUGCAGGUCCUGGGGCACCAGGCUGGCGGUCUCUGUGCCAAAGCCACUGUUUGGUGUCACUGUGGUACACUGGUGAUGAUGCCACCGUGGUGAGGAGGUCUUCAGGGUCAGUGUGAGGUGCUGCAACCAUAACUCACAACUCCACUCACAGCAGGAUGAUCCUGCCGGUGAUGACCCCGCCGAGGCAGAUGCGGCAC